AUGCAAAGAUCGGAUCUUGUUCGAUCUGCAUCUGCACUCUUUCUGUUAGUGAAAGGCUCCAACCCUACUGUCGAAGGCUGUCCAAUUCAAAUUGAUAACAUGCUAGGACUCGAACGGAUAGAACCGCACUACCCCUUUACUGCUUUAUUUUUGAAAUCCCACAUUGAUAUAUUCCAUGGCUGUGAUCGGGGGAGGUAUGAACCUUCUUCAAAUGUCAUAAGCUUCUUCAAAUGUCAUAAGCUCGAUGAUGGAUUGUUGGAGAAGCUGACAGGGACACUGAAUGCUGUUAGUGAGUUGCGUGAUGACGCUGAGGAGAAGCAGCUGAUCAAGCCAGAUGUGAAGAAUUGGCUCGAUGGGGUUAAGGAUGCUGUCUAUGAAACCGAAGACUUGUUGGAUGAGAUUGGUUAUGAAGCUCAGCGAUCAAAGUUUGAAGGUUACUCUCAAACCAGCAUGGAUCACGUGUGGAACUUCUUGUCUUCCAAACUCAAUCUUCUUAGCAAGAAGGAGAAGGAGACGGCAGAGAAGUUAAAGAAGAUUUUUGAGAAACCUGAGCGUGCAGUAAGACAUAAGGGUGAUCUUCGUCCGAUAGAAGGUAUUGCUGGAGGAAAACCAUUGACAGAGAAAAAAGAUCCUCUGCCGGAUGAAUUUCAUGUUUAUGGAAGGGAUGCUGAUAAGGAAGCUAUAAUGGAGCUCUUAAAAUUGGACCAUGAAAAUGGCCCAAAAGUAGUUGCAAUUCCUAUAGCGGGUCUUGGUGGGGUUGGAAAAACCACUCUUGCUCAGAUUGUCUACAAUGACAGGAGAGUAGAGCAAAUGUUCCAGCUGAAAGCAUGGUUUUGGGUUGAUGAACAAUUCAAUGUGUCCAGGGUAAUUGAGGAUAUGCUUAAGGAGGUCAAUGCAAAGAUUAUUGCUAACAAGGAAGCAGAUGAGCUUCUAAAGGAGGCGUUGGAGGGGAAAAAGGUUUUCCUUGUUCUAGAUAAUGUUUGCAGCAUUGAGUACAAUGAGUGGCACAAGUUAUUGCUAUCUUUGCAGGAUGUGGAGAAAGGAAGCAAGAUCAUUGUAACAACGCACACUGAAAAUGUGGCAAAAGCCAUCGAAACUGUCAUCCCCCCUCAUCCUGUGGAUGGAAUAACAGAUGAGGAGUGCUGGUUGUUGUUUGCUAACCAUGCAUUUGGUGGCAUAAAUUCCACUGCAGAGUCACACUUGGAAGAACUUGGUAGAGAAAUAGUGAGCAAGUGCAAAGGACUUCCUUUGGCUGCAAGAACACUUGGGGGUGUUUUUCACUCUAAAACAGAUUAUAAGGAAUGGGAGAUGAUAGCAAAGAGUAGCAUUUGGAGUCUGUCAAAUGAAAACAUUCCUCCAGCUCUAAAACUGAGCUAUUAUCAUCUCCCUUCCGACGAAAAACAGUGCUUCUCCUACUGUGCUAUUAUCCCCAAGGGAAGCACAUUUCGAAAGGAUCAAUUAAUCAUGUUAUGGAUGGCAGAGGGCUUCCUCGGAAAGGAGGACAUGGAAGAUAGAGGCAACGAGUACUUCGAUGAUCUCGUAUCGAGAUCAUUAUUUCAACAAUCAAGAGAUGAUCCAUCAAGUUUCAUCAUGCAUGACCUCAUAAAUAACUUAGUUCAGUAUGUGUCUGGAGAGUUUUGCUUCAAGGUAGGGGAAUUUGGUUCGUCUAAGGCUCCGAAAAAGACUCGUCAUUUCUCACAUCAACUUAAAGAUUAUAAUCAUGUCUUGAAGAUUUUUGAGGAUAUUCAUGAAGUCCCACCUUCGCGCACCUUUGUAUCCAUGUCAGAUGAAAGUAAAUUCCACAUAGAUUUGGAUGAAAAGGUAUUGCAUGAUUUAUUGCCAAUGUUGAAUCGUCUACGGGUGCUUUCUUUGUCUCGACAGUACUGGGAGUUGUACACCCUUGAGAAAAUUGUAUGGAUAACUCCAUUUCUGGAUUCAAUUGGCAACUUGAAACAUCUGCGGUACCUGGACCUUUCUGCAAUGAACAUGACGAGGCUACCCGAAAAGAGCAAGAAGCACCUUGAGAAGUUGCGUUUCUCAUGGGAUGGUCGCACUGGUGACUCACAGCGGGGGAGAGUCGUACUUGAAAAACUAGAGCCUCAUUCAAAUGUGAAGAGUCUUGUCAUUUGUGGUUAUGAAGGUAGACUGUUUCCAGAUUGGGUAGGAGACUCUGCCUUCUCAAAUCUAGCAACAUUGACACUUAAUCAAUGUAAAAAUUGCACCUCCUUACCAUCACUUGGGCAGUUAUCAUCUCUCAAGCAGCUCUGUGUCAUGUCCCUCGACAGAAUCGUGGCUGUUGGUUCUGAGUUCUAUGGAGAUAGUGAUGAAGAAGGAGGAGGCGCUUUCCCACUCCUAAAGGAGCUUUGGAUACAAGAUAGUCCGAACUUAACAAACGCUUUGCCUAUUCUUCCUUCCUCGUCAACACUUGGAAUUGAAAAUUGUCCAUUGCUUGUUGUUUCAAUUCCAAGGAAUCCCAUCUUCACUGCAAUGAAAUUGAAUGGAAAUUCUCGUUACAUGAUUAUAAAAAAAUCGUCUCCAGGGUUGGUUAGUCUUAAGGGAGAUUUCCUGCUCAAGGGAAUGGAGCAAAUAGGUGGUAUCUCCACAUUUUUACAGGCAAUUGAAGUCAAGAAAUGUAAUUCACUCAAGUGCUUAAACCUGGAGCUGUUCCCCAACUUACGAAGUCUUGAGAUCAAAAGGUGCGCAAAUCUUGAAUCACUAUGUGCAGAUGAGGAAUGUCUUGUGGAUUUCACUUCUCUAGCUUCUCUGAAAAUAAUACAAUGUCCUAAUCUAGUAUACUUUCCCGAAUUACGUGCACCGGAAUUGAGAAAGCUUCAGUUACUUGAGUGCAUAAACUUGGAGUCGUUGCCUAAGCACAUGCAUUUCCUCUUCCCCUCCCUUGUGGAUCUGUGUCUAUAUGUUUGCUCAAAACUUGAGUUGUUUCCAGAAGGGGGUUUUCCCUCCAAAUUAGAGUCGCUAGAGAUCAUUGAGUGCCACAAACUCAUUCCUCAUCGCAUGCAAUGGCAUUUGCAACCACUCCCUUCUCUUUCAAAUCUUAAAAUUGGUCCAAUACAAGAUGCGGAAUUCUUCCCAGAGAAGAUGAUGAUGCUGCCCCCAAGUCUUACAUCACUUACAAUAUGGGGUCUUCUAAAUCUGAAAUCUCUGGAUUCAAAUGAGCUUCAACACCUCACCUCUCUGAGAAAAUUGGAGAUUGUGGCUUGCUCUGAGCUUGAAUCCAUGCCAGAAGAGGGGCUUCCCUCCUCCCUUUCUUCUCUUGCAAUCUGGGGAUGCCCUUUGCUAGAAUUAAGGUUGAAAAAAGGGGAAGAUUUGGACAAGAUUUCCCACAUCCCCAACGUAGAGAUUAAUGGGAGCAAGACCAUCUUCCCAGCUUGA